AUGUCCAUUGCUGUAGCUGGAGGCACCGGCGGUGUCGGCAAGACCAUUGUCAGCAAGCUAAAGGGAAAAGUCAUCAUCCUGACUCGAAGCGCACCAGAACCAUCUGACAUCAGCAGCCCUGAAACGAGGCAAAAAUUGCAGGUAGACUACGAUGACAUCUCUUCUUUGACAAAGACAUUGGAGGAAAAUGCAGUGCAUACUGUCAUUUCUGCCAUCUCAAUCUACGACGACCAAACAAGUCAGUCCCAGCUGAACCUGAUCCAAGCUGCCGACAAAUCCAACGUUACGACGCGAUUCAUCCCCAGUGAAUACUCUUUUAUACAGACCAAGGAGCUUUUACCCGUUGACCCGAGCAUUCAACAUUUCCUAGACGCAGUGGAUCUGCUCCAGAAGACCAAUCUGCAAUACACUCGGGUGAUCCCCGGUUUCUUCAUGGACUACUGGGGAAUGAACCCCGGGAAAAAAACCCAGAGCAAUCUUCAGCCGAUGACAUUCGGCACGGAUAUCGCCAAUUGCAAGGCUGCUAUUUCUGGAGACGGGAAUGAUAAAAUCUGCAUGACGCACAGCGAAGACAUGGCGACAUUCAUCACACGACUAUUAGAAGUAGACGACUGGCCUGAAUUCAGCAUUAUCGUUGGAGAUGAGCCUACAUAUAACGAAAUCAUCAAACUAGGACAAGAGGUGCGAGGGAAGGAAUUCGAGGUCGUGUAUGACGCCCCUGACAGCAUCAAGGAAGGAAAGGUCACCGUUCCUCAGAUGCCGCCUGGGUGCCCGUAUACGGAAGAUGAGGUCUACGACACAACCGUAUUGGUUAGCCGUCUUACCAUUGCCGGAGUGUUCGAUCUGCCUACGGAAAGCCGAUUGAAUGAAAGAUUUCCCGAUAUCCAUACGAAGGAUCUUAAAACGUUCAUGCUCAAUGCAUGGAGUUGA